AUGUCUACCACCUGCAGGAGACGGCUUAUCCGUGACUUCAAACGACUCUCUAGUGACCCGCCAAGCGGCAUUUCUGGAAGUCCAUGUCCGGAUAACAUCAUGAUCUGGAACGCUGUAAUAUUUGGGCCUUCUGAUACACCCUUUGAGGACGGCACAUUCAAACUUCUGCUCACGUUUGAUGAAUCUUACCCCAACAAGCCGCCUACAGUGAAAUUUCUUUCCAGAAUGUUCCAUCCAAAUGUAUAUAACAAUGGCGAGCUCUGUCUGGACAUUCUACAAAACCGCUGGUCUCCCACAUAUGAUGUCGCCGCCAUCCUUACUUCCAUCCAGAGUCUCCUGCACGAUCCUAAUCCGAACAGCCCAGCAAAUGCAGAGGCUGCGCAAUUGUACCGAGACAACAUGAAGGAGUACGUAAGAAGGGUGAAAGCCACAGUGGAGGAUAGCUGGUUAGAUCCAGAAGAGAAGCAGAAGAUGAUAGUCGAUGGCGACGGAGAAGGUAGUAUAGAGUCUACUGCCUGA